CACAAACCCCUCCUGCCCUUGCUGUUUCCCUUUUUCUUUUCUUUUUUUUUAAUUUCUUUUCUUUUUCCUGAACUUGGCGUCGCAGAUGAUCGUCUCGGUAUGAAUGGAAGGUGAAGGUAGAAAGUGUGUGUGAGCUGUUGUGGAUGUGAAUUCAGCAGCAUGGAUCAGUGUGAGGACAGAGAGGAGGGAGUCCCUCCAUCUAAAACCACUCUGUGUGGGGAACAUGAGAGCCAGACCAAAGCUCAGAGCCCAGAGGUGCAGGGUGUACCAGGGUCUGCUGGACCUAAGCCUAAAACUAAUCCAGAACCUGGACCUGAACCCAGCUGUGUUUCCUUAAAGAGUGACCUGUCAAAGGAUAUUGGUGCUGACUUUAAAAAAGAACUUUUAUGUGACAAAGAGAUCAGUAAGAAGCCAGAAUCUCCUGGACCUGAACCCAGCUGUGCGUCUUUAAAGAGCCAUCAGUCAAAGGAUAUUGGUGAAAAAUUUAAAGGAUGUCCUUCUCCUGCCAAGAGAGUGGACCAGGAGAGAGCAGAGGUUUCCACUGGUCAGUCUGCACAGCAGCGUCAAACACACCUGGACUCUGUGUUUAUGCGGCUGGAGGACAACAUUACGAUGUUUGUGAAGAAUGAGCUGAAGAAAACCAAAAAGGUUCUGAGUCCAGAUGACCCAGAAACCAUAAGAAGCCAGAGGGAGGAUGAGGAGAUGUUUGAAGGUGAGGAUGAAGAUCAAAGAAAGAGCUGCAGAGAAGCAUUUCUGAAGAUCACAUUACACUUCUUGAGGAGACUUAGGCAGCAUGAGAUGGCUGACCAUCUGCAGAGCAAAAUAUUUGCUCCACUCUAUAAACGUGAACUUAAAGCCCAACUGAAGAAGAAGUUCCAGUGUGUGUUUGAGGGGAUCGCUAAAGCAGGAAACCCAACUCUUCUGAAUCAGAUCUACACAGAACUCUACAUCACAGAGGGAGGGACUGCAGAGGUCAAUGAUGAACAUGAGAUCAGACAGAUUGAAAUGGCAUCCAGGAAAUCAAAGGGACCAGAAAGAACAAUCAGACAAGAAGAUAUCUUUAAAUCUUCACCUGGAAGAGAUGAACCAAUCAGAACAGUGCUGACAAAGGGAGUGGCUGGCAUUGGGAAAACAGUCUUAACACAGAAGUUCACUCUGGACUGGGCUGAAGACAAAGCCAACCAGGACAUCCAGUUCAUAUUUCCAUUCACUUUCAGAGAGCUGAAUGUGCUGAAAGAGGAAAAGUUCAGCUUGGUGGAACUUGUUCAUCACUUCUUUACUGAAACUAAAGAAUCAGGUAUCUGCAGGCUUGAAGACUUCCAGGUUGUGUUCAUUCUUGAUGGUCUGGAUGAGUGCCGACUUAGUUUGGACUUCAACAAAACUAAAAUCCUGACUGAAACAAGAAAGUCCACCUCAUUGGAUGUACUGUUGACAAACCUCAUCAAGGGGAACCUGCUCCCAUCUGCUCGCCUCUGGAUAACCACACGUCCUGCAGCAGCCAGUCAGAUCCCUCCUGAGUGUGUGGACAUGGUGACAGAGAUCAGGGGCUUUACUGACCCACAGAAGGAAGAGUACUUCAGGAAAAGAUUCAGAGAUGAGGAGCAGGCCAGCAGGAUAUUCUCCCACAUCAAGACAUCAAGAAGCCUCCACAUCAUGUGCCACAUCCCAGUCUUCUGCUGGAUCACUGCUACAGUUCUGGAGGAUGUGCUGAAAACCAAAGAGAAAGGAGAGCUGCCCAAGACCCUGACUGAGAUGUACAUCCACUUCCUGGUGGUUCAGGUCAAAGUGAAAAAAGUCAAGUAUGAUGGAGGAUCUGAGACAGAUCCACACUGGAGUCCAGAGAGCAGGAAGAUGAUUGAGUCUCUGGGAAAACUGGCUUUUGAUCAGCUGCAGAAAGGAAACCUGAUCUUCUAUGAAUCAGACCUGACAGAGUCUGGCAUCAAUAUCAGAGCAGCCUCAGUGUACUCAGGAGUGUUCACACAGAUCUUUAAAGAGGAGAGAGGACUGUACCAGGACAAGGUGUUCUGCUUUGUCCAUCUGAGUGUUCAGGAGUUUCUGGCUGCUCUUCAUGUUCAUCUGACCUUCAUCAACUCUGGAGUCAAUCAGCUGGAAGAACAACAAACAAGCUCUCAGACAGAGAAAGACUUCUAUCAGAGUUCUGUGGACAAGGCCUUACAGAGCCCAAAUGGACACCUGGACUUGUUACUUCGUUUUCUCUUGGGUCUGAAAACUAAUCAAAUUUGUUUGCAAGGCCUGGUGACACAGACAGGAAGUAGCUCACAGACCAAUCGGGAAACAGUUCAGUACAUCAAGAAGAAGCUCAGUGAGAAUCUGUCUGUAGAGAAAAGCAUCAACCUGUUCCAGUGUCUAAAUGAACUGAAUGACCAUUCUCUAGUGGAGGAGAUCCAACAGUCCCUGAGUUCAGGAAGUCUCUCCACAGAUGAACUGUCUUCUGCUCAGUGGUCAGCUCUGGUCUUCAUCUUACUGUCAUCAGAAAAAAGUCUGGAUGUGUUUGACCUGAAGAAAUACUCUGCUUCAGAGGAGGCUCUUCUGAGGCUGCUGCCAGUAGUCAAAACCUCUAAGAAAGCUCUGCUGAAUAGCUGUAACCUGUCAGAGAGAGCAUGUGGAGCUCUGUCCUCCUCUCUUCAACUAGAAGACUGUGAGCUCAGAGAUCUAGACCUGAGUAACAACAACGUGCAAGACUCAGGUUUGACACUACUGUUUUCUCGACUGAAGACUACAAACUGGAAGUUGGAAACGCUCAGAUUGAGUGUCUGUAAUCUCUCAGAGAGAAGCUGUGAAACUCUGUCUUCACUUCUCAGCUCCCAGCCCUCUAGUUUGAGAGAGCUUAACCUGAGUAACAAUGACCUGAAGGACUCUGGAGUGAAAGUUUUGUCUUCUGGACUAGAAAGUCUGUAUUGUAAACUGGAAACACUCAGGCUGUCAGGCUGCCUGAUCACAGAAGAAGGUUGCAAGUCUCUAGUCUCAGCUUUUAGCCUCAAUUCUUCCCAUCUGAAAGAGCUGGACCUGAGCUACAAUAAUCCUGGAGAGGCAGGAGUGAAGAUGCUUGAGCAGCUAAGACUGGACACUCUGAGGGUGGAGCCUGCUGGAGAACAAUGGUUGACACCAGGUCUGAGGAAGUAUUCCUGUCAACUCACAAUCGACACAAACACAGUAAACAGAAACCUCAGACUGUCUGACAACAACAGGAAGGUGACACGUGUUUUAUCGAUUCCAUUAUAUCCUGAUCAUCCAGACAGAUUUGACUGGUAUCCUCAGCUGCUGUGUAAAGAUGAGCUUGAAGGUCGCUGUUACUGGGAGGUUGAGUGGAAAAGAACGGCUUGGAUAAUAGUGAGUUACAGAGGAAUCAAAAGGAAAGGAAGGAGUGAUGAGUGUGUGUUUGGUUUAAAUGAUCAGUCCUGGAGUCUCAGAUGCUCUAAUGAUGCUCAUUCUGUCUGGCACAGAAGCAUAAAAACAUCCGUCUCCUCCUCCUCCUCUGUCUCUAACAGAGUAGCAGUGUAUGUGGACUGUCCUGCUGGCACUCUGUCCUUCUACAAAGUCUCCUCUGACACUCUGAUCCACCUCCACACCUUCAACACCACAUUCACUGAACCUCUUUAUCCUGGAUUUGGGUUCUGGGCUCCAUCGGACGGUUUAGCAAAGGGUAUUAUCGACAUUUAUGGCCCUCCUUUGAAUAAACUAUUAUUUGACUUUGAGUCAGUGACUCUGUGUAGUUAGUGUUCCCCUGUUAGAGAAACCGUUCAGUCUGUACAUAUUUGUCUCUUUCACUCCGAUACACAUCAUGAGAUGUAUUAAAGAUCCUGAUAUUUAUUUUCAGUACAUUUAGAAUGAUGAAUUAAAUCAACUUUGGCAUGUCAGUGGUGGCAUUUGGAGAAUUAAAUCAUCCUUUAGAAACUAGAUAUAAAUAUUAUAUUUUCCAACAUGAUUAUUUUUCUGUGGUACAGAUGACAAUGAAAAGAUAUAAACAGUCUGCAAAUAAUAAGUUAUUAAUUCAAAUGAUUAUUAACGCCACAAGAGAAGAUUUCCUGUUAUUUGUACCACUCACUUGGUCAUGUGAUCUGGCUGUGCAGUCCAUCAUAACUGACAUCGCUUUCUACUUUGAUAUUUUCAUGGUAAAUAGACUGAUUCUUGUUUAGCACUUUUCUGCACACAUUCAUACACUGAUGGAUGAUGGGAAGGGUUAGUAUCUUGCUGAAGUAUAUUUUGCAUGCCAACUGGAGCAGCCAGGGAUUGAACCACCAACAUUCUGAUCAUUAGAUGCAUUGCUCUAUCUCCUGAGCUAUAGCCAGCCAUCAUCAAAGCUCUUCCUGUCACGGUCUGUGUGGCAGACCGUGGGGAAUGUUGGAGACAGGACCCAAACGCUGGACUUAGUGGAAAUGAGCAGUGCAUUUAUUUACAGUGAGGUAAAUGUACACCACACAAAUAAUCUCCAGAGUGCUCCCUUGACUCCCGUGACGUGUCUUCUCCCAAGUGCUGGUAUCCCGUGCUUUCUGCCCCUGUGCCUACGCACACCCCUGUGCGUCCUGCUGUCCUGUGUUCUGCUCUCCUUCUGAGGAAAAACAACAGAAGCCGACGUUAUGGCACCAACUCCAGCAGGCAUAUACAAACAGCACUUAAAACACUGACAUGGAGUCUAACUCAACGAUCCUGCGCCGGAGGAAGCUCCAUCGCUCUGUUAAGUAGCUCCCCCGACGAGCCUGAUCAGAAGCAGGUGUGUGGGAACAUAGGCGUGACCAGCAGCCGGCAGGACCACACCCAUCAGGCCUGCAGGUGGCUGUCCUUCAUCCUCCAGCCACACCCGCAGACACACACACGAACACACACACGAACACACACCAGCAUGGAACACAAAAGCACAGUGCCGCAAACAUACAUCCAAUAAUAAUAAUAAUGAUAAUGAUAAUAAUAAUAAAGGUCCACACUGUGCACGGACCCCGAGUCCCCGGAACCGGGUCCGUGACACUUCCCUGUCGUCUCAAACAUGAGGAAGACAGGGAAGAGAGUGGACUCAUUAGUAAAAUGAAAAACAGCCAAUAUUGACGUUUAAGACAAGUGAGGUAACAGAAAUACUAUAUAUAUAUGGCAGUGGUCACCAUGGCAACAUCAAUGUUGUUUGCUGCGUAUUGUAUUGAUCCUAAUCCUGUCAGCCUCAUAUCAGGAUAUGCUGUUGUUUGUAUUUGUUACCAUUUUUGUCUUUUUUUUUAACAAACUAUUUUUAUCUCUUGCCAUUGUUUGCCAGUGAGUGAAACAAAAUUUUGUUCCAUCUUUCUACAAUAAAAAAUAUCUUUAUCUUAAUUAUUGUAUGUGCAGAGUUGUAGUUACUUACAGUGACCACUAGAGGCCAGUGAUCCUAAUAGUUUUCCUUGAACCGUCCAGUUCAUCCACAUUAAUGAAGCUGUUGGUGAUUAACGCUUAUCAGUACAACUAUAAAAACAAUAUUAAACAUUUAAGUGCUCUACAAAUAGUUUGUCUGAUAUAUAUAACUCAGACGCCCUCUACAGGAAAGGGCAGAGCAGGCUGUACCUGCUGCGGAGACUCAGGUCGUUUGGAGUGGAGGGUCCACUCCUGAAGACCUUCUAUGACUCUGUGGUGGCCUCAGCCAUCUUCUAUGGUGUGGUCUGCUGGGGCGGCAGCAUCUCUGCUGGGGACAGGAAGAGACUGAACAGGCUGAUCUGAAGGGCCAGCUCUGUUCUAGGAUGCCCUCUGGACCCAGUGGAGGUGGUGAGUGACAGGAGAAUGGCGGCUAAGCUGUCAUCCCUGUUGGACAACAUUUCCCACCCCAUGCAAGAGACUCUGACAGCACUGAGCAGCUCCUUCAGUGGGAGACUGCGGCACCCACGGUGUGGGACGGAGAGAUUUCGCAGGUCUUUCCUCCCCACUGCUGUCAGACUCCACAACAAAGACUUUUGCAGCUGAUCAAACCCUCACACGUGCAAUAAAACUGCUAUAUGUGCAAUUCUUUUUCUGACGAAGUAUUGUAUUUUCUUACUCAGUUGUAUAUAGCAUUUGUAUUUCUAUUUUAUUCUAUUGUAUAUAUUAUUAUAUUCUAUUUUAUUCUAUUGUAUAUUGUAUUGUAUUUUAUUUUAUUGUAUUGCAUUCCAGUGUUUUCUAAUUUCUGCUACAUAACUGCACUUUUGCUGUAACAAAACAAA